AUGACGCGCGCGGCGAACGCGCGCGACGCGGUCGACGGCGACGACGCGCGCGCGCGCGCGGCGAGCGACGCGCGCGCGCGCGAGCGCGAGCGCGACGGCGUCGUGGGACGGAAACGCGACGCGUCGGGACAGGCGUCGCGCGCGCGCUCGCGCGCGGCGACGACGGCGACGACGACGGCGUUGGAACCGUUCAGACAUCGCGUGGACGCCGAUCCGUCGUUCGUGGAGACGACGCUUCGAACGCUUCGAACGGCGACGACGGAGCUGUUGAACCUGAGCAGCGAAGGGUUGUCGUACGAGGAGCUGUACGGUAAGGCGUACGCGUUGGUGCUUCGGAAACAGGGUGAUGCGCUGUAUAACACCAUAAGCGACGCGGUAACAGAUCAUUUGUGCUUGCACGUGGCGAGUAAGAUCGCGGACGUGGUGGGGGAUGUUGAAUUUUUGAAGGAUUUGGAGACGCGAUUUGCGCGGCACAGAAAGAGCGCGCAAAUGCUGACCGACGUCUUCAUCUAUCUCGAUCGCGUGCACUUGAAGCGGAGCGGGAACGCGAACUUAGAACCCGUGGGGGAUCUCGUAAUAACGCUUUGGAGGGAGUGUGUGGUAAAUAAUCCACGCAUUAGACGACGGAUGCACUCGUGCAUGUUAGAUUUGAUCCGCCGCGAGCGCGACGGCGAGAGCGUGGAUAGGGACGCGUUGCAAAAGGUGACGUCCAUGUUACUCACUUUGCACGAAUCUGUUUACGUAGAUGAGUUCGAAGUUAAAAUGCUCGAUGAGACAAGAUCUUACUACAAGGCGGUGGCGCAGAAACGAAUCGAUAUCGACGACUGCCCGACGUUCUUGAGGAUGGCGGAGGCGAGACUGGCGCAAGAGAAGGACCGAAGUGAAGCUUACAUGGCUCCUCGAACAACAGGCCUUUUACUUGAGCAAGCGCGCAACCAGUUAUUGAAGGAGAUGUCACAAUCACUAUUGCAUAACGCUACGAGUGGCAUGGUGCACAUGCUUCGAGCGAACCAGAUCGAAAACUUGCGUCGCAUGUACUCGCUGUUUUCGACGAUGGACGAUCUCGAGGGUAUUCCAGACGUGAUGUUCAAUCAUCUUAAGGAAAUCGGCAAGUCGAUCGUGAAUGAUUUAGAAAAUGAAAAGAAUCCGACACAGUUUGUCGAAGAGCUUUUCAAAUUCAAGGAGAAGUAUGACACAAUCUUGAUCGAGGCGUUUGCAAAUAAUCGCCUCAUCGAGUCGCAGUGCAAUCAGGCGUAUCAACUCGUCGCAAACUUGAAUCCUAGAUCACCCGAGUAUUUGUCGCUUUAUUUGGAUCACAUGUUGAGGAAAUCGUCAAAAGACGCGAGUCAGAGCGAACUGGAGAUCAUCCUGAACCGAUCGAUGGGGCUCUUCCACCUAUUUCACGAGAAGGAUGUGUUUGAGAAUUAUUAUCGCCAACACUUGUCGAAGAGGUUGCUAAACAAGCGCUCCGCAAGCGACGAUAACGAGCUCGCGUUCAUCGGUAAACUCAAGGACGAUUGUGGAUUUACAUUCACGAGUAGAAUGGAGGGCAUGUUCAACGACAUGCUCACUUCGGGUGACUUGACGAGGGAGUUUGAAGGUGUUUACUCAAGAGGCUCGGGAUCGAUGGAAGUAAAUGUCUCGGUGUUGACCACCGGAGCCUGGCCCUUGAAGGUGCAUAAAACUCCGAUCAACUUACCCCAUGAAUGCGAGAGGACGUGCAAGGUUUUUGAAAAUUUCUACCUCUCGCGUCACGCCGGUCGAAAGCUCACUUGGCAGGCGAACAUGGGCCGGGCCGACAUUAAGGCUAGGUUUGCGAGCGGUGAAUAUGAAAUUUCUGCGUCGACGCUGCACAUGUGUGUCCUCAUGCUUUUCAACACGCACGAGACUUUGACCACAAAAGAUAUUUCGGAUCUUACUGGAAUGAUAGGCGACGAGCUCAAGGGUUGCUUGCAAGCGCUUUCGUGCGUCAAGGGGAAAAAUAUUCUCACAAAGUUGCCCGCUGGGAAAGAUGUGAGCUUGGGAGACUCGUUUCAAGUCAAUCGAGACUUCUCAUCUAAGACGACCAAGGUCAAAAUCUUGUCCAUUUCUGCCAAGCGAGAGAACGAUCACGAAAGAUCGUUGACGAAAAGCAAAAUCGUAGACGAUCGUAAGCCGCAGAUCGAGGCCACCAUUGUGCGCGUGAUGAAGGCGAAGAAGCGGCUCGAUCACAACAGCAUCGUCAUGGAAGUCACGGCUCAAGUCAGGAACCGUUUCAUGCCCACACCCGCGGAUAUCAAAAAACACAUCGAGACCUUGAUUGAGCGUGAAUACAUCGAGAGGGAUCCGAGCGAUCGAAAAAUGUACGUUUAUCUCGCGUAG